UUCCAGCGCCGUCAGUAUGAGACCGGUCGGGAGGCCCCGGCAGCGCCUAGCUACGGAAGAAUACUGACAGCUGAAUUUCUGCCUUUAUACUGUAAGUUCUGCAAUAAAGUGGGGAUGUCAAGGGUCCCCACACCUCCACCACCUGGAGAGAUGUCCAGUGGGCCUAUAGCUGAAAGCUGGUGUUAUACACAGGUUAAAGUUGUAAAAUUUUCUUAUAUGUGGACCAUUAAUAACUUCAGCUUCUGCAGAGAAGAAAUGGGAGAAGUUUUAAAGAGCUCUACCUUUUCAUCAGGGCCAAAUGACAAAAUGAAAUGGUGCCUGAGAGUAAACCCAAAAGGAUUAGAUGAUGAAAGCAAAGAUUACCUUUCGUUGUAUUUACUUCUAGUUAGCUGUCCAAAAAGUGAAGUGAGAGCAAAAUUUAAAUUUUCUCUCUUAAAUGCAAAAAGAGAAGAAACAAAAGCAAUGGAAAGCCAAAGAGCAUAUCGAUUUGUUCAAGGCAAGGAUUGGGGUUUUAAAAAAUUCAUUCGGAGAGAUUUUUUACUUGAUGAAGCAAAUGGUCUUUUACCAGAUGAUAAGCUUACAUUAUUUUGUGAGGUAAGCGUAGUACAAGAUUCUGUGAAUAUUUCGGGACAGUCCAAUACAAAUACAUUAAAGGUACCAGAAUGCCGACUCGCUGAAGAUCUAGGAAAUCUCUGGGAGACAACAAGAUUUACAGAUUGCAGUUUUUAUGUAGGAGGAAAAGAAUUCAAAGCUCAUAAAUCUGUCCUUUCAGCUCGUUCACCGGUUUUUAAUGCAAUGUUUGAACAUGAAAUGGAGGAAAGCAAAAAGAAUCGUGUAGAAAUAAAUGAUGUAGACCCUGAGGUUUUUAAAGAAAUGAUGAGAUUCAUUUAUACAGGGAAAGCACCAAACCUUGACAAAAUGGCUGACAACUUGUUGGCAGCAGCAGACAAAUAUGCACUGGAACGGCUGAAGGUCAUGUGUGAAGAAGCUCUGUGUAGUAACCUCUCGGUAGAAAAUGUCGCAGACAUCCUUAUCCUUGCUGAUUUGCACAGUGCAGAACAGUUGAAAGCACAAGCAAUAGACUUUAUUAACAGGUGCAGCGUUCUUAGGCAACUUGGUUGUAAAGAUGGGAAGAACUGGAACAGCAACCAAGCAACGGACAUAAUGGAAACGGCAGGUUGGAAGUCAAUGAUCCACUCUCACCCCCACUUAGUAGCUGAGGCCUUUCGAGCACUCGCAUCUGCACAGUGUCCACAGUUCGGCAUUCCACGCAAACGACUAAAACAGUCAUGAAAUCUUCCAUGGACUUUAGAGAACUCCUCCACCGUGUCCUGAGGAGUCUUCUCAAAGCAUCACCCAGAAUUGGUUAUCCCUGUCCACAGAACCUAACCUGCAACAUUUUAAGAAUGGAUAAUAGGUGGUUUAAUAAUCAGCUUUAAAUUAGACUGAUAAUUCUCCAGUUCACUGAAAGGCCUUAAAUUCAACUACUCUAGUUCAUGCGUCUUUGUUUUUAUUU